AUGGUACCUCCGGGUCCAGGCCCAUCACCUCCCAUUGGGGGUGGUCCUCAGUCUCUCUCACCUUCACUAAUGAGAACAAAUUCAGGAAUGUUGGGGGCUCAAGGGGCACCCAUGUCUUUGCCGUCGUCUUUCCCUUCGCUUGUGUCUCCUCGUACUCAGUUCGGCAACAUGAACAUUCUAGGGAAUAUGUCUAAUAUGACUUCUAUGCUGAAUCAAUCUUUCUCAAAUGGAGUUCCGAAUCACGGGCUCACGGGUCAAGGAAGUAGCCAACGUGGAGGGAUUGAAAGUGGAGCUGAAGCAGGCCAACUUUCUAGUGUUGGCAAUGGAUCGAGCUUCACUACUUCUCCAUCCUCAUAUGUACAAGCGAAUAUGGCCAAUGCCAGUUCCUCUGGUCAAGUUCAGGGUCAACCAUUUUCCAACCCUUCUAGCAACCAACUGUUGCCAGAUCAUCAGCAUUCUCAACAUCUUGAUCCUCAAAAUUUUCAACACAGCCAGCAGUCAAUGCAACAGUUCUCUUCUCUGAAUAAUCAGCAGCAACAGCAUUAUCAAUCAAUGCGAGGAGGAAUAGGUGGAAGUGGAAUGGGACCAGUGAAGUUAGAGCCCCAGGUAAACAACGACCAACUUGGACAGCAACAGCUGCAAUCAAUGAGGAAUCUUCCUCCAGUCAAAUUGGAACAACAACAAAUUCAAACAAUGAGAACUCUGGCACCAGUUAAAAUGGAGCCCCAGCAUUGUGAUCAACCGUUAUAUUUGCAACAACAACAGCAACAACAGCAACAACAAUUCCUCCACAUGUCGCGACAAUCUUCUCAAGCUGCUGCUGCUCAGAUUAAUCUUUUGAACCAUCACAGGCUUUUGCAGUUUCAACAACACCAGCAACAACAACUUUUAAAGUCAAUGCCUCAACAACGGUCUCAAUUACCACAACAAUUUCAACAGCAGAAUAUGCCUGCGAGGUCUCCUGUGAAACCAGCAUAUGAACCGGGGAUGUGUGCAAGGCGGCUGACACACUAUAUGUAUCAGCAAAAACAUAGACCAGAGGAUAACAACAUUGAGUUUUGGAGGAAGUUUGUUGCUGAGUAUUUUGCUCCUAAUGCUAAGAAGAAGUGGUGUGUCUCUAUGUAUGGAUGUAGCAGACAAACAACUGGAGUUUUCCCCCAGGAUGUAUGGCACUGCGAAAUAUGUAAUCACAAACCUGGCCGUGGGUUUGAAGCAACUGUUGAGGUUCUUCCCAGGCUUUUCAAAGUAAAGUAUGACAGUGGCACUCUGGAAGAGCUACUUUAUGUUGACAUGCCCCGCGAAUAUCAUAAUUCCUCUGGCCAGAUUGUUCUAGACUAUGCAAAAGCAAUACAAGAAAGUGUCUUUGAGCAGCUUCGUGUUGUUCGUGAUGGUCAACUUCGUAUAGUUUUCUCUCCAGACCUGAAGAUCUGCUCUUGGGAGUUUUGUGCUCGGCGCCAUGAAGAGCUCAUCCCCAGAAGACUGUUAAUACCCCAGAUUAGUCAGAUUGGAGCGGUUGCCCAGAAAUACCAGGCUUUAACUCAAAAUGCAACGCCCAAUAUUUCUGCUCCAGAGUUACAAAAUAAUUGCAAUAUGUUUGUUGCGUCAGCUCGUCAAUUGGCUAAAACCCUAGAAGUUCCAUUAGUUAAUGAUUUAGGAUAUUCAAAGACAUAUGUGCGCUGCCUACAGAUAUCAGAAGUGGUAAAUAGCCUGAAAGACUUGAUGGAUUACAGUAGAGAAACAGUGACGGGACCUAUGGAGAGCUUGGCCAAGUUCCCUCGGAGAACAGUUAAUUCAUGCGGAGUUCGUAAUCAAGCUCAACAGCAUGAAGAUCAGUUAAAACUACAGCAGCAGCAACAACAAAUGAUGAUGCAUAACUCAAAUGGAGAUCAAAAUCCAGUGCAAGCUGCUGCCAUGCAAAUUGCAUCCAGCAACGGCAGUCCAUAUGGAGGUUGUUCUGUUCAGAUUCCAUCUCCAGGUUCCUCCAGUACUGUGCCACAGGCCCAGCCAAAUUCAUCCCCUUUUCACUCACCACCGACACCAUCCUCAUCUAAUAACCCUUCACAAACACCUCGUUCUACUUUAACGCCUCCCAAUCAAAUGAAUACAACAAAUUCAACAGCUAAUGUUUCGCUCCAACAACAUCAAUAUCAAUCAGCUCUUUCUGGUGAUGCUGACCCAAGUGAUGCUCAAAGCUCAGUCCAGAAAAUCAUACAGGAGAUGAUGAUGUCCUCGCAGAUGAAUGGUACUGGAGGAAUGGCAGGUGUUGGUUCUCUAGGAAAUGACUCAAAGAAUGCAAGCAAUAAUCUGCCAAUGAGUGUGAAUGCAGGGCUCAAUAAUGGUAAUGGCACACUGAACAAUGAUCCAGGUGCUGGUAGUUAUGGAAUGAUGGGGUUCGGUCAAUCCACUAUGCCUAAUGGAAUGCGAGCUGCUAUGGUAAAUAAUUCAAUCACGAACGGAAGGGGAGGAAUGGCAUCCAUUGCGCGGGAUCAAGCUAUGAAUCAUCAACAGGAUCUGUCAAACCAGUUGCUUAGUGGUCUAGGAGCAGUGAAUGGUUAUAAUAAUCUUCAAUUUGAUUGA